AUGCGAGAAUAUCUCAUCCGUAUCUCGCCACACUUCAAUAAAAGAUCCAUUUGCACAACUCAUUGGAUUGUAGUUGUUAACGUUUCGAAUAGUAUCCUCAAAACAGCCAAACGACUUCCCAGUUGGUGUAUAGUUAUUGUUGUUGGAGAAGGACAACGUAUCGAUCAAGUUCGAAGAAAUGUAUUCUAUCUUACAGCAGAAAUACAAGAUGAACUUGCAAAAAGAUCUGCAUUUUUCAAAGUUAUUCGUUAUUGGUCUAAACAUCAUUACGCAGCACAAAAGAAUGCUGGUUAUUAUUGGGCAAUGCUUCACAAAGCAACAGCAAUCUGGGAUUUUAAUCAUGAUAAUGAACUAAUUGUUAAUGAACGUACUCUUCGUCUUUUAUUUCAUGAGCAAGUGGAUGCACUAACCGUGCCAAAUCAUCGUAAUACACUAUUUAAUCCUUAUCCAUUUUUCCUCAUGAGUACACAGCAAAUUCGGCCGCGUGGAUUUCCUCGACGAUCAAUUAAUGUAACAAGAUGGUCCAGUAAUCAAAAGAGUUUGGUGAAACGUGCUCAACAAUUAUAUGUUGAGCUUUAUGAACGGGGUUAUAUUGGAGCCACUGAUGUUCAUAUCAUAAAACUCUGGUUUAGAGAAUUACGUCAGUAUGAUUAUAUUUUUCCUACGGUUGCUGCUAAGUUUACGUUGGCUGUUCGUACAUUUUCCGGUCAUCUCUACAGAAUGAAUCAACGGUAA